AUGCCUCGUACACUUUUGCUGUGUUUCAUCCACGGAUUCAAGGGUACCGACAAUACCUUUCACGAAUUCCCCUAUGAUCUCAAAGCAGCAGUAGCCAAACAACUCCCAGAUGACAAGGUCGAAUCUGUCGUCUAUCCCCGAUAUGAAACGACUGGUGAACUAGCCCAGGCUGCAGAAGCCUUUCUCGGAUGGCUCAAAGAACGAGUCAUGGACAUCCGCAAGAAGAAAUCAGAAAAGCCAUGGCCUCCUCACGACAGAGACGUCGGCGUUGUUCUCGUUGCUCAUUCCAUGGGAGGCUUCGUUGCAGCAGACUCUCUCUUCCUCGCCAUAAACGACAGAGCCAACAACGGCGAUGAAAAAGAUCUCUUGUUCCCCCUGAUCCAAGGUAUCCUCACCUUCGACACCCCUUACAAUGGCCUUGCCAGAUCUAUGUUUGUUUAUGGCGCUUUCUCGAAUUAUCAAAAAGUGAACAGUGUCUUCAACGUCAUGACGGCUAUAUCAGCUGCGGCCCCUGCGAGUCUAGCACGGCUGAGUGCCCGCCGCGCUGCAACUUCUGCUGUGGCUAGCACCAGAGGUCCGCAGUGGAAAACAUGGCAGCUGGUGGCUGUCAAGACAGGCACAGUUGGUGCUAUUGCAGCCGGCGGUGUAGCUGCCUACAUGAACAGAGAACUUAUCCUCGAAGGGGUCAAGAGCGUCAAGAACAUAAACAAGGAGUCCGUCGCAGAGGGAUACCGCCAGAGCAUGGAUGCCCUCGGACAGGGUCUGGCAUACAUCAAUCGCGGAAACGUUGGAAAGUCAUUCGCCUGGCUCUCAGAUCACGUCACGUUUGUUGGAGCACUUCUCAGACAGAAAGAACUCAACCGUCGGCUGGAGCGCAUUGGAUCACUCAAGGGCAUUGGCAUGCAUGAUUUCUACAUCUCACUUGGUGAGAACGGCUACUGGAGUGGAGGCUAUUUCGUUCCUGAGCGCACAUUCUGUGCUGUGCCCGAGGGAGAUCACUCUGCUUAUCCUAUCUUUGACAGAUGUGUCAUGCCAAAGGCAGAUAAUGAGAUCGAAGCACAUCUCAACAUGUUCAAACCGGAGAAACACAGAGGCUAUGAAGAGAUGACAGACAAGUCGGCAGAACUCGUGAAGGAAUGGUUCCAAAGCGAGGAGAAUGUCGUCGACGACCCUAAAUUCCGCGAAACUCCUCCCGAGGAAACAGAAGAGACUGAAACCACGAAAGAAAUACUCGAGAAGGAUCCAGGUCAAGCUGAAGAGGAUGCCAAGGCCGAGGGUACAGAUGAAAAGGCCACCGAUGGAGAACUCCCAGACGAGUCACCCCUGGACAUCGCCGCCGCGGCCUCACUCGUCCCCCUCCCUGACGACAAAGGCGAAGGUCUCAUCGGAGACGCAAAUAUCGAGGGCGCUGACACCGUGGACAAACGAAACUACAUGAACUAUCUCUUCGGAGUAGCUCAGCAAGCUGGUACCGAUGCCAAAGGAUGGUUCCCAAGCGGGAUCCCACAGAUGCCCAAUAUACCCAGCAUGCCGAGUAUGCCCAACAUGCCCAAGGUCCCUAGCUCUGUGUCGUCGCUGGGCAAUGUUUCUAUACCCAGCGUGAGGAUAUGGUCCAAGAAGGAUACUGGUGCUCAGGAGAGCAAGGAGACUGAGGGUGAUAAGAAGGAGACGGAGGAUAAGAAUGAGAAUGAAAGUGAAAAGGUUGUUGAGGACAAGAAGGAUACAGUGGAACAGGAGGCGCAGGGGGAGGCUAAGAAGGCUGAGGAUAAUGGGCAGAAGGUUGACACUGAGGCUGAGAAGAAAUCGGAAUAA